AUGAAUGGAGCAGUUGAGGCAGCAAAUAAGAAUAUCAAGAAGAUUUUAAGGAAAAUAGUAGAUAGUCACUGGCAAUGGCAUGAGAAGCUACCAUAUGCUUUACUCGGUUAUCGCACCACAAUCAGAACAUCAACUGGGGCAACUCCUUAUAUGUUAGUUUAUGGUUCGGAGGCAAUAAUACCUGCCGAAGUGGAAAUACCAUCUUUAAAGAUUAUCCAAGAGGUUGGUCUGGAUGAUGCAGAAUGGAUACGUAGCAGGCAUGAACAAUUGAUGCUCAUAGAUGAAAAGAGGAUGGACGCGGUUUGUCAUGGCCAACUCUAUCAAAACAUAAUGACCAAAGCAUUCAACAAGAAAGUCAAACCUCGACAGUUCACACCGGGGCAAUUAGUAUUGAAGAAGAUCUUUCCCCACCAAGAAAAAGCCAGAGGAAAAUUUGCACCAAAUUGGCAAGGACCCUACAUGGUUCAUAGAGUACUAUCUGGUGGAGCGAUUAUCUUAGCAGAAAUGGACAGUAGAUCUUCUAUUGUAAUCGAACUACGUUACGACCUGAUUCCAUUUGGAUACGUAGGCAGCUUGAGUCAGGUACGAUCAAGAUCCGGAUCAAAUACUGAAGAAAAGAGGAUCCUUGUAGGAAAAUAG